AUGUCUACGAAUGAUCCUGACCCCCUUCAUCCCCCAUCCUCCCAAGCUCCAGAAUAUACAAGUCACCUAUCUAUUUCUCCUCGAAACCUUUCUACUUCUUCCCAAAAUCCUCAAUAUUUAUCAAACUCUCCACAAGAAACUAGAUAUUCUACUUCUCCUCUAGACACUCGACAUCUUUCGCCAGAUCAACGUUUGUCUGCCUCACCGACUGCUGCGGAGCUAUACAUACAUGGUGAACCUUUCCCAGAGCUACGGGGUCAUUCUCCACACGUCGCAGAUCCAUUGAUACAUAUUCAACAACCUUCCAACGAACAAGACGAGCUUUCGCAGAUGCCUAUCUCACAACCAUCCUCUUUCGCUCCGUUCUUCACUCUAAUAACGGAUUCUACGGUACUUGGUGAUGAUAAAGAUGGAAAUCCAAAGACUCCUACUACGCAUCAUCCUAGCAGAAUACAUUACAUAUUUUCUGAUGAUCAGGAUAGUGAAGAUUUGAAAGAUGCUUGUUUGAGAUGCCUGCCGGAUGUUUCAAAUUCUUCGAAUAGUAAUUCUUUGACGAACAAAGAUUCUGGAGAGUUAAGAACUGCGAACGCAAGUUCUAGACCGGGAUUAUCGAUUAGGAAAAGCAAGGAUGGGAAGGGCAAAUUGAGAGAGGAAAGAGUUAUUAUAAUUGAUAUGAACGCAACUGGGGAUAGAGUUGUUAGGGCACAAAGUUUGAGUGAUAAAUGGCAGGUUAUGGGAUGUGAGAUUGGAAAAGCACCUAUAUGGGAAAGUGCGGGGGAGGAGGGUGAAGAGAAUAAGGAGAAGGAGGGUGCAUUGAUGUUGAGAAUUGAUGGGGUUGGUAUCCCUAUUUUGAAAGAGGAUAAGGAUUUGAGUAGGAGUAGGGAGAAGGGGAAAGGGAACCAAAAGGAUGAUGCCAAUGGAGAAAUUGAGGAACUGGAUAUGGAUAAAAUCCUUGAGGGGUUCGAUAAGCAAAUGAAUAUUCUACGCACAGUUAUUGGUGGUGUGGGAUGGGAUCAUGGUGACCAGGGAGUGAGUAAUAUGGACGGAGAAGGAGAUGAAGGAGAUAUAGUAAUACCGGGCGCAGAGUCACUGGCAGAAGGACAGAAAGAGCGAGAGAGGGAGGGAGAGGCUUUUGAAGCUUCUUGA